AUGGGGAAACAAAAAGACAUUUUGGAGAAGCUGGCAGGGAUCUUUCAGAUCCGACAUGUGCUCCUCCGCCAGGCCCUGGCUGAAUGCCUGGGAACCCUCAUUCUGGUGAUGUUUGGUUGUGGUGCAGUAGCACAGCUGGUGCUAAGCCGAGGAUCCCAUGGCACAUUCCUCUCUGUUAACUUUGCUUUUGGAUUUGCUGCAACACUGGGCAUCCUUGUGAGUGGACAGGUCUCAGGUGGUCAUCUGAACCCGGCGGUCACUUUCACACUGUGCUUACUGGGGAGAGAGCCUUGGAGGAAGUUCCCGUUGUUCUUCUUCUUCCAGACGCUCGGGGCCUUCCUGGGUGCAGCGAUCGUAUUUGGCAUGUAUUCCGAUGCAUUAUGGGACUUUGGCAAGGGGGAGUUGAUUGUGGUGGGGAAGAAUGCCACAGCUGGAAUUUUUGCCACAUAUCCAUCCAAACACCUCACCCUGCUUAAUGGAGUCUUUGAUCAGAUUAUUGGAACAGCUGCAUUGAUCGUGUGCAUCCUGGCCAUAGUUGAUCCACACAACAACCCAGUCCCUCGAGGUCUGGAGGCCUUCACUGUCGGCUUUGUGGUGUUGGUCAUCGGCCUGUCAAUGGGCUUCAACUCCGGGUAUGCUGUCAACCCAGCCAGGGACCUGGGCCCGCGCAUCUUCACGGCUCUUGCAGGCUGGGGUGGAGAGGUUUUCACUGCAAACACCUACUGGUUCUUCGUGCCCAUCUGUGCCCCCUUCUUGGGCGCAGUGGUGGGUGUGCUGAUGUACCAGCUAAUGAUUGGACGCCAUUUAGAAGGAGAAGUGCAAGAGAAGCAGAAGGAAGAGGAGGAGGAGGAGGAAAGGUUCAAACUUUCCAACAUGACAACCAAUGAAGAUGCAUGA